UGCAGUAUUAAUGCACAAGCCGGAAGCCCGAGCUUUCGCCGAGACGUUGUCGGACGAAGAUGUCGAGUACCUCAAGCAAGUGGCCAGGAAGACUUGCGCACGUGUUGCCAGCGCUUCGCGAAUGGACGCGUCCAGCUCCGUGACGUGGGAGCCCAUCGGACACAAGGACGGAGUGGAUAUUUACAUCGGCGAAGCCAACGAAGCAAGCGAGUCGCGCAAAGUCAAAACAACCAGCAGCAUGCGAAAGUACCUUUGUGGCGUCACAUACGUGCCUGCUUCAAUCGACGACGUCGUGGACAUCUUCCACAGCAAGCCUUCCCUCCAGAAAAUGAAGAACGACGGCUCAAAGACGUCAUUCAAUGCAUUCGAACGAGAGAUUCUCAACACGAAAACACUGUACAAGAUCCGCAAACGAACGUCGAGCGCGCCGAGGCACUGCAUUUCACUGAAGUGGAUGCGAUUGGGGUCGACGAUCAAGGAAAUGGACGACCGCGACUUCGUAUUCUUAGAGUGCCAAGACACGAUUUUCGACGAAAAGGUCAAGCGUCGCGGAUGGGUUUGCUCCAUGCACUCUGUUCAACUUCCUGGAUGCCCUCCACUUGACGGAUACGUUCGCGGUAGUUUGUAUCGCAGCGGGUAUGUCUUCCGAGAGACGGAAGCGCCGAAUGUUCUGCAAGUCGUGUGCAUCAUGGACAUGGACUUCAAAGGCGAGAUGAACGCCAACUUGACGAACUUGAUGCUCAAGUCCCGCGUGAUGAUUGCCGGUUCGAUCCGCGAACACUUCCAGGCGAGACAAGAUGAAUUGAACGAGUCGCAUGAAGAGCAAGAUGCUGUACCGUGCCCACUGUGCCGUGACUACCUAGCGUCGACACCUUGCAUUACAUGCAAUCACGUGGUAUGCAUGAACUGCUGCCAGCUUGUUGAUGCAGAAAACUCGGUGUGCACUGUGUGCAUCAUGAACGGGAAAGUCGACCAGAUCAUGACGAACCAAGCGAAUGACUGUGAUUCGUUCAGUGACAAGUCCAUUGGUGGCAUCAAUGACGCGAGCAUCUUGCUUCCGCCGUCCUCAUCCAACACCAAGCAGUUUUCGAGCACGACGAAACCCGCCAUUGUCCUUGCUACCUUGCCAGACUUGGACGAAGACGAAGAUGUAGAGUCGUCGACAUCCACCGACCAACAACGACUUUCAUCUGAAGACAACAAUCAAGGGGUCGAAGGCUACACCUUGAAGUUGCAACCCCCAGGAUUUUUUGCGCAACUCCUCGUUGCACCGCAUUCGUCUGCAAGACGACGGCGAGAGGACAUCGACACAGUCAAGUACGUUGAGCCAGAUGGAAAGGACCCGUUGUAUGCACUCGCAGUGCAGCGGCUGCAGGUCGCCGCAUCCCCCGAGCAAGAAUCAACCCGCUUGGCCAUCGUCAACCUCUGUUACAAGCACGUACUCGAGUGCUGAGCGCUGCUGUCUCCAGGGUCGAUGCUGGUAAUUUAUCGCACCCAACACGACGGUUCAUUGCCGCGGGUGUAUUAUUUUCCAAACGGUUUCCCCAUGUUGCUGAAAAAUUUGUGGAAAAGUGCCAAAACCACGAAUUUCUUUGCUAAUCAUUGAACCAUUUGACUGGGUUUUUGUAUAAAUC